AUGAUGAUGUUGAUCGCAAAGAUCAUCGAACUCGUCGGGAAGGAGUGCAAGAAGGCGUGCACAAUUGCUAUCUCGGGAGAUGAGACUGUGAUUGAAGACUCCGCUGUGGCUCGGCUGGUUGGUGCAGCGGUGAUCAAUGAGGUACCACUACAGUGGCACUCGUGCACGGCGGAUUUGACAGAGUCUUUGGCGAAGCGAUCUCCGGAAGUGCUGUUGCAUUGUAUCGGUCGCGAAAGCUCUUCAGCUGAGCGCCUGUUGGGUGAUGUUAUCUCGGUGACGUCAGCAGCUAUGUCGGAGAUCAACGGCAUGUGGUGGUUGCCUAAAGGACUUCUGCUGUCAGUUAAGGAGGGACAAGCCUCUGAAGGUUUUGGUAGAAGUUCGAGCAUUGGCACUACUGUAGAUAAGUGCUGGACGGCCUUGGCUAGAGUUAGCACUCACCGUUCCCCGAGGAGGGUAUUGAUGAAUUUGAUGCGAGAAUCUGCGAGUACUGAGGGGACAGACCUUCGCGUGUCGGCUAUACUCUACGGAGUGUCAGUCGUCCUAGAGGAAACACUAUAUCACCAAAUUACAGCGAGGGAUGUGGAAGCAGUGAUGGGAGGAAUUGCUGUUCUUGGUGAUGAUACUUACUGUUCGGAAAGGUGUCGAGUGCUCCUAUCUCUUCAUCACGCCUUGGUCCCCAGCAUCCCGCCGAACGGAGUCAUCGUGUGCGGCCUCUACGGUGCUAUGAUCAGACUGGGCAUACGCCUUCUUGAGGACGAUUCCAGUGAGGAUGCAGCCCUGUAUGGCUUCGCCUUGUUGUGGUCGGUGUUGUCGUCGGCUCCACCAGAAUGGCUAGUCAGCACGCUUGGACUCGUCGGCGUUCGAGCAACAAGUGCAUUGAGAAGAGCGGGGAAGAGAAAACGCGAUGAGGCGGAGGAACUUGGCUGGAUCCCUUAUCUGGCACGGUAUCUGGAGAAGCUCACACGUACCGUGCCCACAGCGGCUCUACGGAAAUAUUCUCCCAUCAUUGCCGCUGAACUCGUCUCAAGAUAUUGGUCUGUUGAUAAGAAACAGCGAACUGCCUCCAAUGAAGAGAAUCUUGCUGACGACAAGGUGGAUGAAAUCAUUGCUUCGACCCUUUAUCCUCUACUAUGUGAGGGAUCGACCGCGACGAGACGGUCCUCGGGCGAAGCUAUCUCGUACAAGUCGGACGAUGUUCUCCACCUUUUUGCGUCGGCUGGGAGCGACUCGUCCCGAGAGAAGGUCAAGCGGAUGCUUCAAAUGUACACCCAGAGGUUCCGAUACAAGGGCCGAGUAUAGAGCGAAUGUAUCCGCUAGGCUUAUCGUGUUACUUACGUAUCUUAACCACAACGUCUCUUUCGA